AUGCUCCUGGGGUGGCUGGAACUACCCUCUCACCGUCUUUCCGCCAUCUCCGCGCGAAGGGACCCCACCGGCAAGUCUUUCGGCGCCUCCGGGCCUACCAAUAACCCUACCAAACGCGGCGUCGACGCCAUCGACGAGAAGCCUCCGAACGCCUCCGGGCCUACCACUAAACCUACUAAACGCGGCGUCGACGCCAUCGACGAGAAGCCUCCAUACGCCUCUGGGCCCACUAACCCUACCAAACGCGGCGUCGACGCCAUCGACGAGAAGCCUCCGAACGCCUCCGGGCCUACCACUAAACCUACUAAACGCCGCGUCGACGCCAUCGACGAGAAGCCUCCGAACGCCCCCGUACCUACCACUAACCCUACCAAACGCGGCGUCGACGCCAUCGACGAGAAGCCUCCGAACGCCUCCGGGCCUACCACUAAACCUACUAAACGCCGCGUCGACGCCAUCGACGAGAAGCCUCCGAACGCCCCCGUACCUACCACUAACCCUACCAAACGCGACGUCGACGCCAUCGACGAGAAGCCUCCGAACGCCUCCGGGCCUACUACUAAACCUACCAAACGCGGCCUCGACGCCAUCGACGAGAAGCCUCCAUACUACGUGCGCCGAAAUGCCUCCUGCCUCAUCUUCUCUUGCUCUCCAUCGGGCUAUGGCCUCUCCGACGUGAGCCUGCAAGUGAACAAGCGGUCCAACGUCGUCUGCGAUCGGGCGCACUUCUACGUACGCACAGUGAGGUUGCCGAGCGGAGAGACUGUGGCACCGCACUGGUGCCGCGUGGCGCUGCUGUACAGUCGGCGUGAGACGUUUACGGCAUACGAGACGGUGAUGUACGUGGACGUGGACGUGGUGUACUCGGAAAAGGAGAUGCUGGAGGAGGCGAAGAAGAAGCCGCGGUUUCUGAUUUCGUACAAGAUAGAGCGCGGGCACGAUGUGAUUAGGACGUGCUGGUUCGUGAUCGCGCAGUGGGGCGACUGGAUCGAGGCGCUGGUGGAGAAGUGGGCGCUGGCGUGGCGGGAUACGUAUCUGCAGGAUCAGGCGGUGUUUAACAAGCUGUUUCGAUGCAAGGACGUCGAUUGCGUGAGGGUUGAGACAUCGAAGGUCACGCUCAAGCACUGCGGGCACCGGUUCGAGGGGAAGGAGAGGGAGAAGUGUUUGUGGGAUGGGGAGGAGAAGAUCACUUGA